CCCCCAUCCUUCGCUCUGACUAGCUGACUAGCCGACAUGCUAUUUACCAACGCAUGUUUCCAUCGCGUAGGUAACAGUUCCUCACCAACACUUCUUAGAGAUCAUUCUAAAUUAGGAUCGAUUUGGACUUGUAAAUAUUUCUAACUAGUUUGCUAACAGGGACUUGCUAUUACCGAUAACUAACUUAUACUAAGUUAACUACCAAGGGGCCAGCAGGUAACUAGUGAGGGGCCAGCAUGGGACGAAAGAAACAGGGUCAGUUUGAAAGCAAGGGGAAGGAGAAAAGACACAAGAUGAAGGGAAAGUCCAUGGAGCAGUUCACGGAGGAGAUGCAGUGUGCCCUGGAAGAGACCUGUAUGUUCUGCCCGUCAGCGAGCCUCCUGCCGCGGGAGGACAGGGAGGCAGCUCCGGUGAAGCUGCCCUGUCCCCUCGCCAUGUGGGACCUGGGCCAUUGCGACCCCAAGCGCUGCACCGGACGCAAGCUGGUGCGGAAGGGCCUGGUGCGAGGGCUGCGGCUCAACCAGAGGUUCAGCGGCCUCAUACUGAGCCCCAUGGGCACCAAGUAUGUGACGCCAGCCGACAGAACUAUCGUGGCUCAGAAUGGACUGGCAGUCAUUGACUGUUCCUGGGCCAAACUGGAGGAGACGCCCUUCAGUAAGAUGGUGGGGUCUCAUCCCAGGCUGCUGCCAUAUCUGGUGGCAGCCAACCCCGUCAACUACGGCAAGCCCUGCAAGCUGUCCUGUGUGGAGGCCUUCGCAGCCACCUUCGUCAUCGUAGGGUUCCAGGAGCUGGCAGAGCUGCUGCUGAAUAAGUUCAAGUGGGGGGCGGGAUUCCUGGAGCUGAAUAAGGUCAUCCUGGCGCGCUACGCUGCCUGCAGCUCUGAGGAAGAGAUGCUCUCUGCAGAGAAGGAGUACAUCGCCGCCCCGCGGGAGGAGGAACCCUUCGAUCCCUUCGAUGUGGACUCAGGAAGGGAGAGCUGCAGUCUCAACCGGCCCCAGGGGUGAGCAUCCAGGCACUGGGGCCUCCUGAAGAAGAGGAGGAUUCUAGUGAAGAGGAGGAUGCAGAUGAUGAUGAUGAUGGUGUAGAAGAGGACGAGGAAGAUGAUGAUGAUGAUAAAGGGGAAAUAAUUAACAAUAAAGCAGAAGAUGGGGAAGACAAGUGAUGUUUGUAAGAUAUAAAGGAAGUAAGCUAACCUUUUGGGUAAUGUUCAAAGUAAUACACAUUUGUAAAUAAACAAUUUAUGUUUUUA